AUGGCGUCGAUAUACUGCUGGAAGCUCGUGAAACUGCUGGAUAUCGAAAAAACUGAGAAGAACAAAGGAAAAGAAAUCGGAACAAAAUCGCCGGUCGUUCAUGUGGAAGUCCAAAGCUUGCUGGUCGACAUCACGCUGCCGGGCCAUGUCCACCUGCGUGUAGGCAUACAACCAAUAUUCAUCGACACCGGCGAAGGACUCCUUGUGCGAGCGCAAACACAACUGGCCACCGUCGAUGUCCUUACAGACGAAGAGCAGCUCAUAUACGAACGCUUGACACAAGUCACCGAAUUGACUGUUGAGUGCCGCAAACCUCCCGGCACGUCGGCCACGAAAGUCGAAGCUGAGGUCAUGUCUGCAGAAGUACGAGUACCAUAUGGCUUCAAAAUGGCCAAGGUGAUUGAGAAUGCCAUCAGUAUGCAGAAGGCCAUCAAACGGCUUUGUGCCGCAGAGCUCGGGCUUCGGCUGAAAACACCAAGCACGACAGGCCAUUCGAUACCAAUCUACGACACGAUACCCAUCAUCAGGGUGCAAAUCUCCACGCUCUGUAUACGCUUCGCAGAUGACCCAUUCGAAUCCGCACUGUCACGGAACUACUUAUUGGGGUUCGAAGAGCAGGAAGGACGUAUAGCCCGCGACAAGGCCUUUCAGACUAAAGCCGCGGCUUUGCGCUCGGUUGAUGAAAGGAGACGAGGUUCUGUGCAUGACGAGCAUAAGCAAUCAACUGCGGUCGAGAACGCCUGGGGGCUCUUGCAGGAGUUCAAUGCUAGGGCGUGGAUCGACCGUUUGCGGAAAGCCCAUAAGGAAACUGAAGGGCCCCCGCCGCUUAUGCACACCACCAUCACCAACAUACAAGUAGCUAUAGAUCCACCUGUUUUGUUAGCGAACUCGAUCGAGCAGACGCUGCAUAUUAUUGAUCCCGCAACGCCAGCAAACGCUCUGUACGACGAGCAGAUUCCCCGGAACGUGACCAUCAGCAUGCACUCCCUGAAGAUGCAGAUUAGAGACUACUCGGCGCCUCUCGUGUGCUUACCGGCAGACGGGAGUGUAAAGCUGGAAACGAAGGGGCUGGUCAUCUUCGCAGAGCAGGUCUCCGCCGCCGAAGCAAACCGCACAGUCGUGAUACCGGUCGGCCUACCCACGGGAGAGGAGGUUGUCGUUGCACGAACUGUUAACCCGAACAAAAUGUACAGCUCCUUGACAACUACCAUUACCACGUCGUCUACGAUACAUGCAGCGUGGGGAGCGUCGUUAGAACCUGGUAUAUCCGAUAUGAUUAGCGUAUUCGACACGUUCACCAAGCCAAACGUGGAUCCUAGCCAACCGCUAGGUUGGUGGGAUAAGCUCCGACUGAUUAUGCACGGCACGCACACCUUGAUCAUCACGGGGGGCGGUGACAUCAGCUUCCGUGUCCUCGGCUCCACUUCUCCGUACUUCGAUGGCCACAAGCAUUUUGGCACCGAAGGCAUGCAGGUCUCGAUGCGAGACGGGGUUCGAAUCGAGGUCAACGGCAGUCAAAUUCCGGGCGAGGACGUGACGAUCGAAUGCGGCGAAUUGGGCUUUGCGCUCCCUUUCAAUGCGCGCGCAGGGCAUCAUCAUCGGGCAAAGGAGGAGGACACUGUUGCGAGGAUGAGGGGCGGGGUUCGACUGGUGUUCGGGUUUGGCUUUGUCACGGAAAGGAAUAGGAGAGAUCCUGCGAGUGGUUUAGUAAAGAGCCAUGCGGACAUUUGUUUGAGAGCUCCGGAAUACAUCGACUCGGAUCAAUUGCGAAAGUGGGACUCUUUCCGAGGAUUCCGGUCCAGCAGCAUCAACAUUACCGUCCGCUUAGAGUCGCCCAAACCAUUCUACGCCGGCCUCUCCGAGCCUUCCAACUCGGUCCAUCUCACUCUAAACACCAUGUCUCGUUUUUUCACCUUCCUGCAAGUUUAUCAGUCAGUUCUGACAAGCUUACCGGUACGGAAGGGGAAGCUAUUCCAGGAGGACGGCCCAGGCCCUUCAAAGCAAAAACUGGGUCGCACAAUCGGCUCCAUCAGGAUUCAAACGUCGCUACAUCCCUUACUGCUCGGCUUCGUUGCCGAGGCGCAGGAUAAGAGCCUCGGCGUGGGGCUGAGGUGUCGCGCCGCGCAAGUCGUCAUGGAUAUGACAUUAUUGCAGAGGGUGAUUCAGCAGCGACGGCCCAAAGAGGAGCUUCUCAAGCGGAAACCCACGAGCAAAUGGAUUUUGCGCGACUCUGAGCUCGAAUUGACAGAUGUGGAAGCUAGGGCUUUAGCAUUUGGGGACUUCAGCGAAGCACGUCCUGCCACGUUGGAAAAGCCUCUAUCAGUGGACGAGCUCGAUCAGCCAGGGGCCAGUGAUGAUAAGGACUGGAUCUUUCCACGCGACGCGCUUCGAAAAAAGAGACCGACUUUGAACCUCGUUCCGUUUGCUUGGACGCCCAAAAUCAUCUACACUAAAUCGAACGACACGAAGGUAUCCGGCGCGCAGGAUAGCACACGGUCUAAGAAGGAUAUUUUCGAGGUGCAGAAGCAUCUGUUCAAGAGCCGACUGCGGGAGAUUGAAGCGGCGAUUCGUCAUUAUCUCGAAAUGCAGCGUGGUCUGGAAUACCGUAUGGCUGUCUUCUUUGACGACUCGUUGCGGCAGCAGUCGCAGAUCAUUGUUGAGAAAAUGGCCAUACUGCACGAGAAAAAGGUCGUGAUUGAGCGUUAUAUUCGCUCGUGUCAGCAGAAACUGGAAUGCGACAAUGUGGGCGACAAAGCGGCGGGCAGAGCCGAGCGCAAGCUUCCCGCGGCGGCUGUUUUCCAACAUCACUUUGUGGUCCACAAUCUCAACUUGAUUUGGAAGAAAGAUGUGCGCAACAUUUUGUUCCAAAUGGUUUCGUUGCAGCAAAAGGCCAUGGCGAUCAAGUUCUGUCUGUCCCAUACGGCAACGAAAUUGAUGGCGCAACUUGUUACGUCCUUUGCGGAGCGGAGAAAUCGUACCGAUGCGCCGGAGACUGCUCAUGAUGUUCUGGCAGAUACGGCAAAGACAGCACCAGCUCCAAAAUCAAGCAUGGUUUUCGCCGAGCUCGACGCAAAUGCAGCACAUCGUUUGCUCAACAAACUUGUGGACGAGAUGGAUACGGCGUUCUUUGUCUCCAAUGAAACAGAAGUGGAGCAGGAUGACGAUGCGGCAGAGUCCAACAAUCGAGGGGCUGCGCUUGCCUUCAACAAUCGCAAAGUGUACUUUCCCUCGAGGGACAUUGAAUCGCCGGACUACAUCUCCGACUCGCAAACGUAUGAAAGCAAUUUUAUGAUGCAGCUCGUGUACCCACAAGUCAACCUUGAAGCUGAAUCAAAGGACAAUCCGUCACAUCUCGAAUCAGUCGUGCUUGCCGCGGAAAGCAUGCAACUGCGUUCGAUCCGCAUUCUGGACGCCCAAGCCAGUACUUCAUCGACCGCCGAUGAGAACAGCGAUAGGAAUGAAGAGAUCGUCAAAUCCCGAAUGGUGGUGAAUAUUUAUGACGCCCAACUUUUCGUUGCUCGCAAGACCGACAUUGAAGUCGCCCCUGAAUUCGAUUUGGACAAUAUUGCCAUGCAUCAACCUUGGGACAAAUCAGAUACCCCGACGGCGGCUGCCUGGCCCAUUUGGGUCCCAAUAGAAUGCAUUGCAGAUCACUCAUCGCAUCCGGGAUUCCUCGAGCGGGUGGUCGAACGCGUUUCUGCGAGUCUUCAUCGCGACGUCCCUAAUCCUUUGUACUUGAAAGGCGAUGUAGCGAGCACCCAGCCGGAGACAAAGCACACCCUGCAGAUCAACAUCCCGACAUUCUUCAUAACCGCCACCGCUAUGCAAUAUAUGGUCAUAUAUGACGUUAUCGAGAACCUUCUGGUGUAUCGAGACCCAGGACGAGGCGAACAGGUGGAGAAGAUGACCAAGAUGCUACUCAUCUUGGAGCAGAUGGAGGAUUUGCGGAAAGUGCAAGAGACGGUCUUGCUACUUCAGCAGAAGAUCAGGCAGACGGAAGCUAUGCUGCACACCGAUAUGGACAACAGUGGGUUGACAGUCGGAGCCUCUUCCCAUCGGAAUGCGGAGAUUCUUCGUCAUUUGCUGCAGUGCCAGGAUGAGUUGAUCAUUGUCGUCGAUGCCAUCAAAGCAACGCAAUCGCUAGAACAGAAGAAGAAAUCAGCGGCGAUCUCUUCUGAAAUCUUGAUCAAGAUGGGCAAGAUGGUCUGGUGUAUGCUGACUGACGAGCAAACGCCCCUCUGUGAAUGGACGCUUGAUAAAGCGCAGUUUGGUGGGGUCCAUCACGAGGAUCAGACGGACGUCAACACGCUUCAUAUCGACAAGCUUCAUCUGGAGAACCAUAUGUCGGCUAUGAACUCCUUCAAGGAGGUCAUUGCGCCUUAUUCGCCCGACAUGACUGAUGUGGACUUCACCCGGCACAAGAUGAUUCGCGUAUACUGGCGUCAGAUGGCACCUGUUGCUGGCAUCAAAGUGGUCGAUCACUUCGAAGUCAACAUAUAUCCCCUUCUCAUCCAAGUAACUUACGAUAUGGCGAAGGAGAUUGUGUUUUAUCUCUUUCCGGAGAAGAAAGCCAAGGCCGCCGCGAAAACCCAUGCUCAGCAGUUGCAUAAUACCAUUUCCUCCACGAGCGCCGAUAAUGUAGCUGUGGUUGAUGACAAGCUUCGACCGAGUUCACCAUCGGAGCCCGAUAUGUCUCCCCAGACUGAGAGAAAGCGACGGUUUAAGAGCGGGACUUUCUCAUACAGUCACGGGAGAACCCUCAGCAGUAAAAGCGAGACCAAGGAGGAGGCGUCGUCGUCUCCGAAAUUGCGACGAAAGGAGACGCGAGUGAAUGAACUCAAACAAAUGCAAGCCAGAGCCUCGGAAAAUCGAUCGUUCAUCUACAUCAAGAUGCCCGGAGCCAAUCAUUGUUUGAGUUAUCGGGGGUCGAAAGAGAAAAACAUUGAGGAUUUGUACAUGUUCGCGUUCAAAAUGCCAACGCUCGAGUUUCGCAACAAGACUUGGACGUGGCUUGACUUCUUGGACGCUGUAAAGAAAGAGGCACUCCGGGCGGUCCUGGCAAACACCGGAGCGCUAGUUAGAGAGAAGCUCUUCGUCAAGCGGAAACCGAGCACGGCUUCAGACGAACAUGGUAAUGCUACUUUGCAAGCUCCACCUGCCCGGCAUAACAAAUUUCCUGGGAGAGGCAUUUUUGGAAGCCGGAAAGACGGUAGCGACAAGGAGAAGGAUACCACGAAGGAGAAACAGAAAGAAAAGGAGAAGGAAAAGGAGGUUGGGAAGGAGAAAUCACAGAGUGGUUUGCCAUCGAAAGACAAGCCGACGAAGGAAAUCAAGAAGACACGCAUGCCGCCGUCCACAGAGCUGUUGUUCGAGGUUAACGAGGAGGAUUGA